AUGAGAAAGAAAACCGGCAAGAAGAAGCUAGAGAGGUUUUUUAAAGUUGAUGUUAUAUAUAUUAAAGAUAGUGAAGAUAAAUGGUACUCUGAAAAUAAAGAUUAUGAAGAGAACUAUGAGAAUGAAGAGGAUUAUGAAUCUGAGGUAGAAGAGAAAGAUUAUGAAAGGACUGAUAGUGUAGAGGAACAAUGGAAUACGUGGGAGGUGGAUGAGAGUGAAGUAGUAGACAUGAAUCGGCGAGAACAAGGGUAUGAACAAUUAUUACAUGAUUUUGAAUGGUGGGAAUAUGAAAAUGGAAGAGGAGCUGAAAUGUCACUUUCCCAGGACGAGGAAGUUAUAGAAACCUUGGAAGAAGAAAAUGGCCUCAAGAAUGAGGAUGAUGAAGAAUCAUCUGAUAGUAAUUGUCUGUCUUCACAAUGGGAAAUGUCAGAUGAUGAUGAUGAGUCCCAAGUAGAAGUUGUGAUUGACAGUGGAUCAACAAGUCUAACUACCCCGGAGGAAGAAACCUCGACCGAAGAAUGA